GUCCUUCCUGUGUGUAGAAGACAGGCUGCCGUUACCGGGUGACCAUGGCGACUCCGCUCGGGAAGAGGAAGGCGGACUGCAGUAUGAUGCUGCCCGGGCGGCGGGAGCACUAUAACCAAUAUGUCGAGGGCGCCAUCAUCAGGAUCAAGAUGGAGAAUUUCCUGACUUAUGAUAUGUGUGAGGUUUUUCCUGGUCCUCACUUAAACAUGAUUGUUGGUGCCAAUGGAACAGGGAAGUCAAGCAUCGUUUGCGCGAUUUGCUUGGGUCUAGCGGGGAAGCCUUCUUUUAUUGGCAGAGCUGAUAAGGUUGGUCUUUAUGUGAAGCGCAAUUGCCAGAAAGGUUCAGUGGAACUUGAACUGUACAGGGCUUCUGGAAACUUGAUUAUCCUCCGUGAAAUUCAGGUAUCAAAUAACCAGUCAACAUGGUACAUUAACGGCAAGAGUACAUCUUUAAAGAUGGUUGAAGAGCAGGUGGCAUCAUUGAACAUUCAAGUGGGAAACCUUUGCCAGUUUCUUCCACAGGAUAAAGUUGGUGAGUUUGCCAAAUUAUCUAAAAUUGAGCUACUGGAAGCAACAGAGAAGUCUAUUGGACCUCCAGAGAUGUACAACUAUCACAGUGAAUUGAAAAACUUCCGGAAAAAUGAAAAAGAACUUGAGGAUGCUUGUAAAAGCAAAGAAGAGUUUUUGGAAAAAUUAAAGCAAAGAAAUGAAAGAUACAAGCAAGAUGUUGAAAGAUAUUAUGAGAGGAAGCGCCACCUUGAUAAAAUAGAGAUGCUGGAAAGGAAACGUCCUUGGGUGGAAUAUGAAAAUGUACGUCAGCAAUAUGAAGAAAUAAGGAAAGUACGUGAUCAGAUAAAAGAAGAAUUAAAGCAGAAACAAGAAUCCCAAGCUCCACUUACUCAAAAACAACAACAAUAUGACAAACAACAUAAGCAAAUUGAUGGCAGAAUUAAAGAGAAAGUACUUGAAAUUCGGGAAACCUCACAAAAAUGCAAACAAAAGCAGGAGGUUUUGGAAAGAAAAGAUAAAGAGAUAGAUGACGUUCAACAGAACUUAAGAAUGAGAAAAGAUGAAGAAUUAGACCGACAAAAGAAGAUCUAUAACAUACGUAAGAUGAUUGAGGACUGGCAAAAUGAGUUGAAGUCGAUGGCCAACCAGGACAGUCUUCAACCAGAAAUAGAUUCCAUUGGGACAGAGUUGCGUCAUAUCCAGAAUGAGAAGUCAAAUGUUGAAAGUGAACUGAGCGACAUACGAAUGGAGAAACAAAACCUAGAGAGAGAAAAGAGAGAUAAAUCUAAUCGAAUAAAGCAAUUUGAUAAUCUGUUAAAUUUGAAAGAAGAAAAAUUGCAGAAGAGGUUUGCAGACACUUACAACGCAGUUGUGUGGUUGAGAGAAAAUAAAGAGCGAUUCAAGAAACGCGUUUGUUUGCCCAUUAUGCUUGAAAUUAAUGUGAAAAAUCACCAGCAUGCCAAAUAUGUGGAAAAUCACAUUUCUAUGAAUGACAUGAGAGCCUUUGUUUUUGAAAGCCAAGAGGAUAUGGAUGCAUUUUUGAAAGAGGUCCGUGACAAUCAAAGGUUAAGAGUUAAUGCAGUCUGUUCCCCUCAGGAGUAUAUUGCAGAUAAGAACCCAUCAAAGCCAAUCGCUGAAUUACAGCAAUAUGGCUUUUUCUCGUACUUAAGAGAAUUAUUUGAUGCUCCACAUCCAGUGAUGAAUUACUUGGUCUCCCAGUAUAUGGUUCAUAAUGUACCUGUCGGCACAGAAAAGACCAGACAUUUGAUAGAAAGAGUCAUAAAAGAAACUGGACUGCGACAGAUGUACACUGCUGAAGAAAGAUACGUAACAAAAGUAUCUGCAUAUAGUAACAAUGUUAUCUCUAGCAAUGUUUCCUUGAAAGCAGCCCAAUUUCUAACAGUAGCAGUGGAUCCAGAGGAAAGAAGACAGGCAGUUGAACAGUACAAGGAAAUUGAAAGAAGGUGUACAUUAAUAGAAGCUCGUAUUGGUGAGCUGAUAAGCAAACAGAAGACACUUGACAAAAAAGACAAUGAUUUAAGGUUAAGGAAGAAAGAGAUACUGGAUAUGAAGACCAAAAAGAGACAACUUGAACAGAAGAUUUCUACUAAACAUGAUAGCUUAAAGCAAUUAGAGCAAGAAAAUAUCAAUCUGGAGGAAGCUGAGCAAAGGGCGAAUAGCAAGAUUAGAGAAAUUAAUGUCCAGAAAAAGAAAAUUGUUCUAGAGCUCACAGAAUUCAUAAAGAACUGCAUGCUGCUAAAUAAAGAAAAAGUAGAUUUAUCCUUAGAAAAUAUGACAAUACAAUGGAUGAAGAACAAAAUUGAUUAUGAGUAUAAAGAGGCUACAUCUAGACUGAAGGAACUGGAGAGUAAGUUUUAUGCUGCAGAUGAAAAGAAACGUCAUCUGUUGGAAACAUGUAAAGGUCUUCUGAGAAAGGCAAGACAAGCGUGUAACCUUGGACAAAAUGACGAGGUUCCUCAAGAUUUCCAAACUCCUUUCAGAUUGGAAGCUUUGGCUAAUUUGCUGUCUAUCCAUUCAGAUAAUGAUGACUGUAAGGCUUUCCAGUCCCUCCCGAAUACACUGGAUGAAAUAGAUGCUGUGCUAAAUGAAGAGCGGUCCAGAGCCUCGUGCUUCACCGGCUUAAAUUCUUCAGUGGUGGAGGACUACACCAAGCGAACCAGAGAAAUAGAAGACAUUACAGAGGAACUUCACAGGAAGAAAACAGAGUUGGAAAAUUUUAGGCAAAACAUUUUACAGGUUAAAGAAGACUGGCUCAUUCCUUUGAAGCAGCUGGUAGAAAAAAUCAAUGAGCAGUUCAGUAGUUUCUUCAGGUCAAUGCAAUGUGUAGGUGAAGUUGAUCUACACACUGAAAAUGAGGAAGACUAUGAUAAGUAUGGAAUCAGAAUCCGUGUGAAGUUUAGAAGCAGCACACAACUUCAUGAGCUGACCCCACAUCAUCAGAGUGGAGGAGAGAGGAGCGUGUCCACCAUGCUUUAUUUAAUGGCCCUUCAGGAACUUAACAGGUGCCCUUUCCGAGUGGUGGAUGAAAUCAAUCAGGGCAUGGAUCCUGUGAAUGAGAGGCGGGUAUUUGAAAUGGUGGUGAACACGGCAUGCAAAGAAACCACUUCUCAGUAUUUUUUUAUUACACCAAAGCUGCUCCAGAACCUAACAUAUGCUGACAAAAUGACUGUCUUGUUCGUCUACAAUGGUCCAUAUAUGCUAGAACCCACAAAAUGGAAUUUGAAAGCUUUUCAUAGAAGACGUCGAAGAGUAGCUGCUGUCGCUCAGUAAAUGUCUUCACUUUUAUCUAUAGUCUUCCAUGCAAACAUUAAAAUUAGAGGGUUCCA